AUGUUGGAACAGGUUCAUGAUUUCAAAAUGAAUGAAACGGUUAUGUUAACUGUAAACAAUGUUGAAAUACAAAUAAAUAAACAUUUCGCUGUUGCAAUUUCUCAAAUGAUUUACAAUACUUAUGUAUUAGAUAACAACACACUAAAGAUCGAUAUCGAAACGAAAGUAGAAUCAGAAGAAACAUAUGAUGUGUUGAAAGAGAUAUUACAAUCUAAUAAAACAGAAUUUGAAUGCAAUGAUACAAUAGCGAAAGAUCUUUUCUACAUCUGA